AUGGGCACCAAGCAGAGGAGCCGCACGCGCACGUACUGGGGCUCGGAUCUACCUUCCAGUAGCAACGGAGGAGCCAAUGGGACCGCGGGCGGCGGCGGGGGCGCUCGGACCACCGCGGGGCGGUUCCCGGCUCAGGUGCCCAGUGGGCACCAGCCCAGCGCCUCGGGCGGCGCUGCUGCGAAGGCCCUGGCAGCCCCGCGCAGCCGCUCCCGCGGCGGGGCCGUGGGGAGCGUGGCGUUGGGGGCCCGCGCAGCGCAGUCCUCCUUCAGCAUGCCGAACAGUAGCAGCGGCCCAUAGGGCUUACAGGACUCGGUGCACAGCAGCCCUGAGGAAGGUGGCGGCCGGUCCAGGCCGGUGGGCGGGAGCCCCGCCAGGCAAUACCUGGUGAUCAGCACCUUACCAGCUCACCUCUUGCCGCCCAUGUUUGGAGGUGCUGAGAAACAUGUCUGUUCUUCAAGAGCCAGCUAA